AUUUGAUUGGAUAUGUUGUCAUAUGUUACCCCAUGGAGCCUACCACUACAAAAUUAGGGCCUGGCAAAAGAAUGACCUUAAAGCUAAGAGAUUUAAAUAAUGAAGAUUUGACGGUGACUUUGUGGGACGAGUUUGCUGAGGAAAUGAACGCAUAUAUGUCAUGGAAAGAUAAAGAUAUGCAUGUGGUUUUACUUAUUCAGUUUGGGGUUUUGAAGCUUUACAAAGGGAAACGAAUUGUUUCAAAUGCAUUUGAUGCAACUAGGCUCUUCAUCAAUACUGAUAUUGCUGAUAUCAAAGCAUUUAAAAAAAGUUAUCUUGAAAAUUCAUCAACCGGAAGUUCCUCAACUAAUCACCAGUUAGGUUCGUGCAUUAUCAACUCUGUUGAAGACCUAUUUGUUGAUGACACUAAGUUUAGCCCCAUUGCUUAUGUUCCUUUAAUAGAUGAGGUAAUUUUAUUUGAUACAGAAACAUUAUUAUUAUUAUUAUUAUUAUAUUACAGUGUUCUAAAAACUUUCCCAAUAAAUUUGCACCUCACACCUGUAUUGAUUCAAAUGGCUUCCCUGUAUACAAAAGAGCAGAUUCGGGCUGGAUCAAUUAAAUAUUUAUUCAAGUAUAUUAACAAAGGUCCUGAUAGAGCAUCGGUGGCUUUUGAAGAAGCUGGAAAACAAGAUGAACAAGAUUUAGCAAGGGACGAAAUAAAGGAGUAUUAUGAUUGCAGAUACAUUUCCGCAUGUGAAGCGUCAUGGAGAAUUUUUGCAUAUGAGGUUCAUUAUAGGUAUUCUGCGGUUAUUAUACUUCCUUUUCAUUUACCAGGUCAACAUAACGUCGUAUAUGGCGCAGAUGAUGAUAUUGAUGAUGUUCUCAACAAACAAUCUGUUUCUUCGUCUAAGUUUUUAGCCUGGAUGAGUUGUAAUCAAAAUGAUGAAAAAGCACGAAAACUUAGUUAUGUUGAAUUCCCUACUAAAUAUGUUUGGAAACUAAAGGAUCGUUGUUGGGAACCACGAAAAAUAGGUCGUUCAAUUGGUCGAAUUCAUUCAGUUUCCCCAGCUCUUGGUGAGGCUUAUUUUCUGAGGAUUCUUCUCAACAAAGUGAAAGGACCAAAAUGUUUUGAAGAUAUUAGAACGGUAAAUGGGCAAACACUUCCUACUUUUAGAGAUGCAUGCUAUGCGCUUGGGCUUCUAGACGAUGAUAUGGAAUAUAUCGAGGCAAUUAAAGAAGCAAGUAUUACAUGUUGUGGUUAUUAUCUUCGUGCUUUAUUUGGAACAAUGUUGUUGUCUAAUACUCUAUCUAGACCAGAUUUCGUUUGGGAAAAAACAUGGGAGUUUUUAUCUGAUGGAAUUCUUCACGCACGCCAAAAAAAGGAACAUAUGCCAGGUUUAUCACUUACUGAGGACCAAAUAAAAAAUUUGACCUUGGGUGAGAUUGAGAAAUACUUACUACGCAAUAACUCUACCCUAAAGAGAUUUACAUGUAUGCCUUAUCCGAGUGACGACUCCAUAGCUUCAGCAAAUAAUCGUUUGAUCAAUGAGGAGCUAUCUUAUGACAUGACCAAUCUAGGUAAUGAAUUUCAGCCUCUCUUUAAUUCAUUGACAGAUGAACAAAGAUGUGUUUUUGAUGAAAUUAUCAAAGCUGUCAAUGGUAACAAAGGAGGUGUUUUCUUUGUCUAUGGAUACGGUGGAACGGGUAAAACAUUUUUAUGGAAGACAUUAUCAGUUGCAUUACGAUCUAAAGGUGAGAUUGUAUUAAAUGUUGCAUCGAGUGGUAUUGCAUCUUUGCUAUUGUCAGGAGGCCGAACAGCGCAUUCUAGAUUUCAUAUUCCUAUCAAUCUUAACGAAGAUUCAAUCUGCCACAUCAAACCAAACAGUCCUGUUGCUCAUUUACUAAAGGAAACAAAAUUGAUUAUAUGGGAUGAAGCACCGAUGGUACAUAAACAUGCCUUUGAAGCUCUUGAUAGAACACUAAAAGACAUUUUCAAUUGUGAUACUUCAAAAAAUUCUGAAACACCGUUUGGAGGUAAAGUUAUUGUAUUUGGUGGUGAUUUUAGACAAAUCCUUCCUGUUGUUCCGAAUGGCAGCGGGCAACAAAUUGUGAAUGCCUCUUUAAGUUCUUCCUAUUUGUGGAGUAAAUGUAAAGCCUUAAGGUUAACCAAGAACAUGAGGCUAACGAUUGGAGCAAAUACAUCUGAUAUGCAAGAAACAAUAAAUUUUGCAAAAUGGCUGUUGGACAUUGGUGAGGGAAAGGUCGGAGGUAACAAUGAUGGCGAAACAACUAUAGACAUUCCUGAUGAUCUUCUAAUAAAUCACUCAUCUGAUCCUGUUAAAAAUUUAAUUGACUUUGUUUACCCGUCAAUUCUCCAAAAUUUCAAAAAUCCAGAAUUCUUCCGUGAACGAGCAAUAUUAGCACCUAAAAAUGAAGUUGUUCAAGAGAUUAACGAUCGUCUUCUAUCACUUUUUCCUGGAGAAGAACAGGAGUACCUUAGCUCGGAUAGUAUUUGUCCAUCAGAACAGCUUAAUGAUCCAGCACAAGAACGUAUAUAUUCUCCCGAUGUUCUUAAUGGACUUAAAAUAUCUGGAUUGCCAAAUCAUAGGUUGGUGUUAAAGGUUGGUGUUCCUGUUAUGCUUCUAAGAAAUAUUGAUCAACAAAAUGGUUUGUGCAACGGUACCAGAUUACAGAUCCUAACACUUGGUAAACGCGUAAUAGAAGCUGAAAUAAUAUCUGGAGGUACUAUCGGUACUCGAACAUACAUUCCUAGAAUUAAUAUGAUACCUUUAGACAAAAAAAUUCCCUUCAAGUUUCAGAGAAGGCAAUUUCCACUAUGUGUAUGCUUUGCAAUGACUAUAAACAAAAGCCAAGGACAAUCACUAUCUCGAGUUGGUUUGUACUUAAAGCAACCUGUAUUCACCCAUGGACAAUUGUAUGUUGCACUUUCGAGAGUAAAGAGUAGAGCCGGAGCAAAACUACUAAUUUUAGACAAAGAAGGGAAUGUUACAAAUCAAACGACAAAUGUUGUUUACAAGGAAAUUUUCAGAGACUUGUGA